AUGGCGAUUGAUGGAAUAAUUUUACGAAAAUCUGACCUGGAUGCAAACCACGAACCCUGUGAGUCACAGCGUGAUGCAAACCACGAACCCUGUGAUUCACAGCCUGAUGGAAACAAUGAACCCUGUGAUUCACAGCCUGAUGCAAACCACAAACCUUUUGAUUCACAGCCUGAUGCAAACCACGAACCUUGUGAUUCACAGCCUGAUGCAAACCAUGAACCUUGUGAUUCACAUCCUGAUGGAAACAAUGAACCCUGUGAUUCACAGCCUGAUGCAAACCAUGAACCUUGUGAUUCACAGCCUGAUGCAAACCACGAACCUUUUGAUUCACAGCCUGAUGGAAACAAUGAACCCUGUGAUUCACAGCCUGAUGGAAACAAUGAACCUUGUGAUUCACAGCAUGAUGGAAACCAUGAACCUUGUGAUUCACAGCCUGAUGGAAACAAUGAACCCUGUGAUUCACAGCCUGGCACAGUAACCAAUCUUUUCUUCAGAAAAGAACAACAACAAAAAAACUCACGUUAG